AUGAUCUCUACCACUUUCUACUACUACUACGAAGUCAGCAAAAACACCUAUCUGCGCGAAACCAGUGCUACCACCUCGACCUCUGGUGACGAUGCACAAAAUAUUACUAUUGAUAUUGACUGCACCAAUGGCAAUGGCCAAAACACCAUGGCUGUUGACGACAUCUCACGCAGCGAUAAUAGCGACGACUACGAUUUAACGUUCGAACCUAUUGCACCGGCUGACCACGUGUGGACGUUGAUCAAGUAUACUCCUCAUCAGGUGGCAAAGAUGAUCGGUUUGGUGGAGUAUAAGAGGCUGUCUGUGCGAAAAGCAGCUGAAUUGACCAACAUCAGUAAUUCACGCACCCAUCAGUUGUACAAGCAACACAAAGAAGAUAGCAGUGUGACUCCAGGUUAUAACGCCAAGAACCAGAUAAAGAGACCGCGCAAGAUCGACCUCACCGACGAACAAAGGCAAAUCGUGGAUCUCUACGUCAAAAGCGUAGCUGACCAAAAUGCGAACGUCGUAAAGGUCAAGGAUGCUCAAAAAACUAUUAAGGAGCGAAUCCAGCAAACAGUUGCAUUCACGCUUGUACUACCAGCAGUCCCUCCCUACACCGCCACCAGCGAUAUUCUGGAAAGUCGUAGCAAGUUUGCUGGUGAGCUGAUGUCCCGUAGUCUAGACUACAUCGAAGGCUGCAUGUUCAUCAGUGAAGGAGCGGUUGCCAUGUCGGAGACCUUGGUCGUUGAAGCAUACACAACAAGGUCUGAGGCCAAAUCCUACGAUUUGAACAUCUUCUUGUGCCUCACUGCAGGGGGUGUUCUGGCCGUUUCCCAAGAGGCAAUGGUGGCUGAAGCUCAAAGGAAGCAGCAACAGAUGGAGAAGGUCGGCAAGGCAAAAGGCACUGCACCGGACCACUUAAUCCAGUUUGCCAGUGAGGUUUUCAAAACCACCAAUCAAGGCGAGUUUCGAUGCAGUGUUGUCAUGGCAAACAGACACUUGUUCCGGGAAAGGCCGUUUGUGAACGCGGUACGGAAUGCAGGCCAUUUCCCACUUUACAUGCCCAACAAUUCUACGUUCCUUGACCCGUGCCGUCCAUGUUGGGAGGCCAUCUAA